UUUUUUUUUUGUUGUUUGAAUGCAGUUUUUUUAAUGAGCUUGUUGUGCUCACCUGGUUCUGCUCAGGCCUGGGCCGUGUACAAGGGCAAAUACAGAGAGGGCAGGGACAAAGCCGACCCCACCAUGUGGAAGACCCGACUCCGCUGCGCCCUCAACAAGAGCUCCGACUUCCAGGAGGUCCCUGAACGCAACCAGCUGGACAUCACGGAGCCGUACAAGGUCUACCUGAUCCAGCAGGACACAUCCCCGGUCAAACCUGCAGUGGGUCCUCACACACACCAUCAGGUCCUCAAACAGGUGAAACUGUCUCCCAGGAGUCCUGUUUACCUUGACAACCAGCUUCAUUUCCAGACAGAAUCGUUCCAAGUAAACACAGAGGAAAAACUGCGUUCUGACGACCCAUUGAAGGAGCACAUGUACUGUGAGAUAACAGAGGAAACUAUUCAAAAUCUGGCUCCGGCUCCCAUCAACUUCUUCAGUCCCACGCUAGAUAUAUCAGACUUUCGUAUGCAGGUGAGGCUUUUGUACCAAGGCAACACGGUGACUAAAGUGACCACCAGGAGCCCAGACGGGUGCUUCAUUCUUCAGGGUCGAGUUCCUUUGGGAAAUGAACGGAUCUACGGGCCCUGCUCAGCCCAGCAGCUCUCUUUCCCUUCUCCAGCCUCGGUGUCUCUACCCACCUGCAUGGCCGAGGCGAUGAAUCGCCUACUUUGUCACCUGGAGAGGGGCGUGCUACUAUGGGUGGCGCCUGACGGGGUGUUUAUCAAGCGGUUCUGCCAGGGCAGGGUGUACUGGAGUGGUCCCAUGGCCCAACACGUCGACCAGCCAAACAAACUGGAGCGGGAAAAGACGUUCAAACUCCUGGAUAUCCAAGUGUUUCUUAAUGCUCUGCAGAACUGUUUGCAAGGGAAAGGGUCCGCACCUCCGUAUGAGAUCGAGCUCUGCUUCGGAGAAGAAUAUCCCGAUCCAAACGUACCGAAAGCCAGGAAGCUCAUCAUGGCACAGGUGGUUCCCUUGUUUGCAGUGGAUCUGCUACAAAGAUUCAACUUGGGACAAAAAGAUGAAAAAUCUCCAAUUCUUGGUUCAAAGUUGGAGAGGAAGGAGGACUAAGAGAUGUACCUUUAUCAGGGACUGGACUGGACAAAAAAACUAAUGAAGCUGUGAUUGUCCUGAAAUACAGCAGCUAAGUGUUGUUAGUAAAAAAUGUAUAUAUAGUAUAAAUGACUGCAUGGUACUUACCUGCACUAAUUAAAAUUAAUAUUCUUUAUUUUUUGUGUGACUCCAAAAAUGUUUUAAAUCCUAUUAUGACUCAUUUUGUGCAGCUAGAUACUCGUGCUAAGAUGCCAUGAAUGUGAAUUUUUCCCUCCCUUGUCAUGUUUAGGCAGUUCCAUGUUUGUCAUAUAUUAUGUACUAAUUUAACUUUUUGUCUUACAACAAAUACAGAAAAUAAAAUGACACCAGUAUUAUAAUC